AGGUCGCCGACGGUUGACGAAAGUCGCGCAGACACUCAGUGGACCGACGGUUCCGGGUGAAGUUCUGACGAAGGGUCCCGGCCCGAAACGUCGACUGUUUUUCUCCCCCCACAGAUGCUGCCUGGCCUGCUGAGUUCCUCCAACAUCUUGUGUUCCGGAAGAUCGGCAGCAGGUUGGAAACGGCAAAGGAUUUGCAAACGGAAAUCUCAAACACAGCAACACAUCAGUUCUCUGUGUGUCCAGAUAUUUCCUUAACACCAGUAUAUUUGCCAUCGACCCUUGGAGAUGAAGGCACUGCUGGAAAGGUGCUAUGUGUCUGAAUGAAGUUUUCAGUUUCAACUCAGUGAAAUCCCCUGGAACCGGGGUGCUGAGAACACACCAGCAUUUGUUCACCAGAGAUCAGUUCUUCAGCUGGAUUGAUUUGACACGGGAUUCACUAUGACUAACAUCGGACUUGGUGAAUUGUCGGACAAUUGAUAGCAGGGAGAUAUCACUGACCUGCUCUUAAUGUGGAAAGGUAUUCGCUCACUCAUUCCACCCACAGUCACACCAGUGAGUUCACACUGUGGAGAGGCCAUUCACCUGCUCUGUGUGUGGGAAGCAAUUCACUCACUCAGCCCACCCACAGUCACACCAGUGAGUUCAUGACGGAGACAAAUGCUCCAUGUCUGGGAAGAGAAUCACUCUGUUAUCUGAUCUGCUGACACACACACACUGAGGAGAGGUGUACAACAUUUUCUCUAAAUGUAGGAAGGGUUUCCCUCGUAAAUUCCAUCUAUAGCCACACUGGUCAGUUCACACAGGAGAGAGACUGUUCCCCAGCUCAGACUGUGGGAAGGGUAUUAUCCAGUCAUCUCAACUGAAGGUAUCUCAACGAGUUCACACUGGGGUGAGACAUUCACCUGUUAAGGCUGUGGGAAGGGACUCACAUAGUCUUUCCACGUACAGACACACCAGUCAAUUCACACUGGGGAGAUGCCAUUCACCUGCACAGAAUGUGGGAAGGGAUUCACUCGGUCAUUCCAACUGAAGGUACAUAAGCGAGUUCACACUGGGGAGAGGCCGUUCACUUGCUCAGACUGUGGGAAGGGAUUCACUCAGUCCUCCCACCUACAAGCACACCGGCGAGUUCACAGGGGGGAGAGGCCAUUCACCUGCUCACACUGUGGGAAGGGAUUCACACAGUUAUCCAACCUACAGACACACCAGUCAAUUCACACUGGGGAGAGACCGUUCACCUGUUCAGACUGUGGGAAGGGAUUCACCCGGUCAUCUGACCUACUGGCACAUCAGUCAGUUCACUCCGGGGAGACGCCAUUCAUCUGCUCAGACUGUGGGAAGGCAUUUACCCGAUCAUACCACCUGCAGAGGCACCAAUCAGUUCACACGGGGGAGAGGCCAUUCAUCUGUUCUGUGUGUGGGAGGGGAUUCACUCAGUUAUGCCAUCUACUGUCACACCAGUCAGUUCACACUGUGGAGAAGCCAUUCACCUGCUCAGAGUGUGGGAAGGGAUUCAUUCAGUCAUCAGACUUACUGUCACACCAGUCAGUUCACACCGGGGAGAGGCCGUUCACCUGCUCAGACUGUGGGAAGGGGUUCACUCGGUCAUCUGAGCUGCUGGCACACCAGCGAGUUCACACUGGGGAGAGGCCGUUCACCUGCUCAGACUGUGGGAAGGGAUUCACUCACCCAUCACAAUUGAAGAUUCAUCAGCGUGUUCACACUGGGGAGAGGCCAUUCACCUGCUCAGAGUGUGGGAAAGGAUUCACUCGGUCAUCUGACCUUCUGGCACACCGGGCAGUCCACACUGGGGAGAGGCCGUUCACCUGCUCAGUUUGUGGGAGGGGAUUUACUCAGUCAUCUCAACUGAAGGUACACCAGCGAGUUCACACUGGGGAGAGGCCGUUCGCCUGCUCUGAAUGUGGGAAGGCAUUCAAACGGUCAAGUCACCUACAGACACACCAGUCAGUUCACACUGGGGAGAGACCGUUCACCUGCUCAGACUGUGGGAAGGGAUUCACUCGGUCAUCUGACCUACUGGCACACCAACGGGUGCACACUGGGGAGAGGCCGUUCACCUGCUCAGGUUGUGGGAAGGGAUUUACUCAGUCAUCUCAAUUGAAGGUACAUCAGCGAAUUCACACUGGGGAGAGGCCGUUCAUCUGCUCUGAAUGUGGGAAGGGAUUCAUUCAGUCAUCCAGCCUUGUGAAGCACUACCGAAUUCACACUCGGGAAAGUGUUUAAAUAAGCAGCCUGCUGGAUAUUUAACCCUCACAGUUUCUGAAUCCAGA